UUAAGAUGUCAUCCAAGCGCGUAGAGGACAGGCAUAAGAAAUCGCUGGACAAGAUCCUCUCACACAGCGGUCUGGUCUGCACAAGGUCGCCACCGCCGUCUGCCGAGGCUUCGGCAGAGACUCUAGUGACGGAAGAAGCUGCUUACACUGAAGAAGAAGAAGAAAGCAGCAUAGAAGUCACAUCACCCGAAGAAUCACCAAAAUAUGUCCUCGAAGAAUCUUACGAAGAGGAGAGCACUAUCUUCCCCUCUCCUUCUCUCCGCCGACUGCUGCCUGAUAAACUACGAAAGAUCGAGGAACAUAACAGAAUUCACGUAUUGCCGAAAGAGUUUAAGACUAAUAUAGACCCGACGUUGAUACCUAAGAUUGUCCCACAAGUGAGGUAUAUAGAUAUAAUAGCAAGUUUGGUGGGCUGCACGCAGUAUAAGACCAGUUUGGCCGAGUUCUGGUUUUUGGACACGUUGGCCAACUUGCUGAGGAGGGCGCAGGAGGAUCUGCUUCCUAGAACUACUCAAGCGGUCGUGAUGCUGUGGUUCUGCGAGUGGAUGAAGGAGAUUCAGAACUUCGACGCUGCGAACCGGAAACGUAUGCUGAGACGAUUCAAGGACAACAUGCUCUCAGCAGCCCGUUUUAUCUCUGAAGUCCCCCGCCUUCCCACGCCCGCGGAGGCCGGGGUCCACUACAAAGCGCUAGAGGAAGACGCAGAGGCACACUCUAAGGAUGCACGCUCGAAGAAACAUCAAGUUGUUGAGGAUAUACAUCUGGUGACGUUUGAGGGAUGCGCGUAUGAGUGCGCCAUGAGGGAUCUGGUUAUAAUCAUGCAUUAUAUCUUUGAUUUAUUCAGUACCGACUACCAAUUCGACCUAGUCCGUUCCAUUUUCACCUUCACCCCCGAAUACAAUCUCAUCGACCUGCCCCACACUCUGCAGAACCCGAAGCGGCUGUUCCUACCCCUCAAGCCCAAGAAGGAGAAACCUAAGAAGGAGAAAGAGGCUAAAAAGGAUAAAGGGAAAAAGAAGGACGUGGACACGGAGGAGUAUUUGGCGUUGAUGGAGUUAAAAGCUCGAUCCGAGCGCGAGUUGGAAGAGCAAGAAGCCAAAGACGCAGAAGCCUGGAACAUGAGGAACAGCAUCCUUCCCCUCACCUUCGCGGGGACUGACGAGCUGUUCGACAAGUACUGGCCACCGCCGACCCCCGAGCCCGAGCCGGAGCCCGAGCCCAAACCAGAAAAGGGGAAGAAGAAGAAAUAAAAAUAGAUAUUGCUUUCCCUCUUUUUUCUCUGUGCUUACUCCCUCUUUUCCUUCAACUGUUCAUACAGUUCCCAUCAGAUAGGUAUAUUGGAGCGGUCAAUAUGUUCGAAAAUAUCCAGCUGUUCAACAAGUUACUGGUGCCAAUGCCCCCGGAGCCCGAGUCCUAGCCAGAAAAG